AUGGAUUGUCCGACUGAUGAAUCUGGAUCUCUCCCUAUAGGAAUGUCCAGUGAACUUGCAAAUAAAACGAUUUUCACAUCUCUAAAUAAACAUUAUAAGUUUUUUUUAUUUGGUUUUGGACCUGACACUACAAAGGAAAAUCGAAUUCUUGAGAUUACUGAUAAUCCAGUUCAGUAUUGGGAACACGAAGAGUUAAUUGAAUUUUUUACUCAUUUAGACGUCUUCU